GAGAAAGGGAAGGUGGUGGCGUCUGUUCGGAGAAGAGGCGACGAGAAGAGGGUCGUCGGUGUACGGUCGAGAGGGAGAACAACACGAUUCUGCGAUCGAAACAGAAGACCAAUCGGUGGAAACGAAGUUUGGGGGGAAGAGGGGACGGACAGCCGUGGUAUGUUUCCUUCGUCAGCGGCGAUGCUGAAGAAUCUGCAACAAAGUGCAAUGACCUCGCCGUUUUUGAUGGAGAACUUGCUCCAGAGCAAGGCGUCGCCCGGUGCCGAUUUAACCAGCUUGACCUUGAACUGGGCGGCGAGUCUGGUAGCGAGACAGCGGGAACGAGAAUGCGAGGCGAACCUGAGGAUUUCCAGGGAGAAGGUCUCGCCAUCGAGCGCGAAUCAGGAUCAGCUGGAUCAACGGUCCUCCACCGGUGCACGUAGCUCGGAUCGUGGAAGUUCGAUGAUCGACUGCAGGGACCAUCAACGAGGAUCUUCCGGGAGGAUCGAUCGACAGAACGAUCGCAUGCACAUUCUACGGGAGAAGGAUGGUAUGGAGAGGAGUCAGAUCACGUACGUGGACGUGGACAACGAGAGAAUCGACGGACACGUAAUCGUGGAUCGUUUAUGCGCGAUGGAGAGGCUCUGUAACGAGAGGAUCGAGAACCGAUCGAGUUCCGCGGUGGAUUCGUGCAACUCGAACAUCGACGAGGAUCCGACAAGUAUCGAGAUGGACGGAGGACUUCAAGGCGAGAGGGAAAAGGAUGAUGGAAUUCUAGGAGGUGAACGCGUGACGGCAUUACAGCCGGACAGGCGGUACGACCUUGGAUGCAGAAACGUCAUGCACACGUCCGAUGAGAUGACGAUUCAAGGGGAGAGAGACGUGGCGGUCGAGCGUGUCGUCGACAGGAUAGGUGAGAGAACGACCGCCUGUUCCUGCGGCGACGAGCAGUGCUUAGGACCCGCAUGCAGGACCAUCCAGGAGAAGGAGAAGCCGCAGCUCAAGUUCAGCGUCAACGCUAUACUUGGCGGCAAUCAUGACAGGCGACCGCAUUCGGAGAAUUUUCAAGGACUUCCGCCGGAAGCGAUACCGGCGUUCUUGCAGAAUUUACAAAAUUCUGCAAGUUACAGUAUCGCGAAACCAAUCGCCAGACCAGCGGCUUAUCAUCCUUAUCACAGGCCAAGUCAUCAGCCACCUCAGCGUCAUUUACCCCCGAAUGCGCACCAUACGUUGCAACAAUUGUUCUACAGGGGACCCUACUUAACAGUUGCGGGUUCUGGAACUGGAGGUCAUCAUCCGGGUGCUCCAGGUGGUGGGACAGCGUUUCCAGGUGCAAUUCAAGGUGGACUGGGUGACUUCACGAGCACUGGCCUGGUAUUUCCAUGGGCAACAAACGCACGUGGAAAACCUCGUCGAGGAAUGAUGAGAAGAGCGGUUUUCUCGGACCUUCAAAGACGUGGCCUUGAGAAGAGGUUUCAGAUACAAAAGUACAUCAGCAAGCCGGAUCGUAAGAAAUUGGCUGAGAAGCUCGGCUUGAAGGAUUCUCAGGUGAAGAUUUGGUUCCAAAAUCGGCGAAUGAAAUGGAGGAAUAGCAAAGAGAGAGAGUUGCUAGCAACCGGAGGUUCUCGAGAACAAACGUUGCCAAACAAGAACAAUCCGAAUCCCGACUUAAGCGACGCGGAUGGAGACAGGCCGAGGAUGGACUUGAGCGACGUGAGUCCUUUAACGAGUCCUCAACGGCCGGAAGAACAAACAGAGAACGAAGAAGACGAGGAGAUCAAUGUCACGUGAUGAAAUUCCAGUGAACAUCCUGAUAUAAACGUGUUCGUUUGAUGAGACACGAUCGUGACUCAUGAUUCAGGAUUAAAAACGACGAACAAUUAUCAGGCAGUGAAAGUGUAUGAAAAACACAUCUGGUGAAUUUCAAAGGAAGUUUCACUACCGCUUAAAUCAUAAUCAAAAUGUGUCUGUUCGAUGAAAUAAUAAUGGUUCAUUACGGAUUCGGGACUCACAGGAGAAAAUUCGACAAUUUAGACUACGAUUGAGGAUAAAAGUUUUAAUCGGUCACUAAGUUAUUUAUGAUAUCUAAUUAUUUUAUAUGUUGAGAAAUGUAAAAGAUUGCGUUUCAAUUGACUAUGAAUAUUCAAUAUACCAAUACAUUAUAUAAGAAAAAGGAAUAAAAAGCAAUAUUGAGUCAUGUUUGGUAGAUGUAACUUGCAGUUAAAGUGACCUUGAAUGUAUGAAAGCAUUCUAUAAUUUAUCCGUGAAAUUCUUAUGGAACUUGAAAAAAACGUUCGUGAGAGUGAUAGAUUCUCCUGUGCGUAUCCUGAGAUUUAAAGCUUUCAAAUGAUUUCAAAUCUUUUAACCGUAAUACAAUCUUUGUAUUUAGCAAUUGCAACAUUAUCUUUUUUAAUGGUGGAGCUCAUCUUUGUGUAGAUGUAAUUUUACUUUUUGCGAUCUGUGACCCCAUCUUCCAAUAACUAGAUGAUGUAAAACAAUCAGAAAUAUAUGACACGAUGAAAAUCGUAACAGAAUUGUGACAAAAUAAUUUCCUAGAACAAACAAUUUAAAUUUAGAGAAGUUUUAUAAUUAAAGAAAAAUGUAUUUAAACAAAUAAGCAAAGUUUCCUUAAAUUAUGCCUUACAUUGUUUAUUAAAAUUGCAUAAAAUGAAUGCCCAAUUUUUAUCGCGCCUCGAAUUUUUCAAGUCUAAAUAAUUUUUAAAAGACAAAGUGAACGAACAAAGUUAAUUCAUCGACAAUUUUGCGACAGCAUUGUAUACAUGUUCUAUUGUACUAUGUUCGAUUCGCGAAAGUGGAUCUUAUAGCAUAUAUAAAUUAAAUCUACGAAGAAAAGCUUGAAGAUAAGAAAUUGAGUUGUAUAAAAGGUACUGUCCUAUGAGACAUUCAAAAUAUUUUGUGAAUAACUUUUUACUUUAUGGCAUAACAUCAACGAUGUCUUGAUAAUGUAAUUAUAAAAAUUAAUUUGUAUUACCAAAAAUAUUUGCCGUAAUAACGUAUAUGUAAAUCGAAUUCAAAUACAUUUCUGUUUAAAUUAUUGAAAUUUCUGUGUAAAUUUUUAUCUCUCGAGGAAGUUUCGGAAUUUCCACUAAAUCGAGAAAUGUAUUAUAUUGUAAGUAGAAAUGGAUGUAAGUUUGCGUAAUUUUCAGUAAGGUAUCGUAUAAGGUUGUACUAGACAUAACGUUACGAUUACUAAGAUAUGUACCUAAGGUUUAAGGAUCAUGCUCUCGGGCAUCAAAAAAACCAAAUGUAAUUAUUCAUUGUGAUGCAUUAUGAUCUGUGUAAUAUAUUGCAAUAAAACUGUCUAUGCUAA